CUGCAGACACUGGCCUUGGCUCGUGGAAGGGGCGGAGCCGGGAUCUCACCCGGUCCUAGAGGAGACGGAAGCUCCAACUGAGUGCGGGGCCGAAGACACUUACCCUGUGCACUCGGACAGAGACUGCGGUUCGGGGUCCCGGAGGUCCAGUGGGCAGCUCCCCAGAUGUGGAGAUUGGCACUUGGAGAAGGAAGGCAGCUGCCCAAGGGUCUCACAAGCAGGUGGUGGGCAAGCCAAGACUAGAGCCCACACUUACAGACAUACCUCCCGUCCCACAACUGUUGCCCAUCUGCAAAGGCACUCCGAGGGCAACGCACUGUAAGUCUGGGGACCUGGGGGGUCAGGCUGCAGAGACUCCCUGCAGAGGGGGGUGGACCUGACCUUUGCCCCAGCACCCCCUCCCUUUGCCAGCACCAGCCAUGAACUAUGUGGGGCAGCUGGCAGAGACGGUGUUUGGGACAGUGAAGGAGAUAUACCGGGGCCUGAACCCGGCCACACUGAGUGGUGGCAUCGACGUGCUGGUGGUGAAGCAGGUGGACGGCUCUUUCCGAUGUUCGCCCUUCCACGUGCGUUUCGGCAAGCUGGGUGUCCUGCGGUCUCGAGAGAAGGUGGUGAGUGCUGGCCGGCCAGGGGCCACUGUAGGGUGGGCUCUUAAAGCCAGGACAGCCACUGCGGCCCCAGGAGAGGACCGAGGCCUCCCUCAGGUAGACAUUGAGAUCAACGGGGAGCCCGUGGACUUGCACAUGAAGCUGGGAGACAGCGGGGAGGCCUUCUUUGUCCAGGAGCUGGAGAGCGAUGAUGAACACGUGCCUCCCCGCCUGUGCACAUCACCCAUCCCUUGUGGGGGCCUGUCUGGGUUCCCCUCAGACUCCCAGCUGAGCACAGACAGUGAGCCUGAAGCCAUCACUGAGGGGGUGGCCUCCACAGGGCGGAAGAAGAGGCGUCGCAGGAGGAAACCCAGGCGGAAGGAGGACACGGUGGCAGCCAAUUCCAGUUCUGAGGAGCUGGAGACAGGCGCUGAGAGUGAACUGUCUCUACUGGAAAAGCCAAGGCUGGAGCCCCCAGGCAGUGUCGAAUCCGAAGGGGAGUCCUCACCGCAAGCCAAAGACUUCUACCCCUACUCUGAUGGCGAGUGGUGCCCCCAGGCCAGUCUCUUGCCGGGUGUGCUAAUGACAUCCCCAAAGAGCGACUCAGAGCUGGAGCUGCGGACCCCCGAGCCCAGCCCCCUGCGAGCUGAGUCCCACAUACAGUGGGCCUGGGGGAGGCUGCCCAAGGUGGCCAAAGCAGAAUGGCCUGAGUGCUCGAAGAUCGCUGAUGGUGGUGUCAGGGCAGCUCCACCUCUGCAGGGAGAGCCCGGCACCCCCUCUGCUCCUGUGGCUGGUGUGGACCCUUCGGGGCCCCUAAUCCUGCAGACAGGGGCUGGUGCUGACCUUCCUCCUACUGACACGGAGCCUCCUGCUCUGGUGGGUCCCCCUCUCCCCACCCCUGAGAGAAAGAAAACCAAGACUCAGAGCCGAAGGGAUCCAGGCCUCCCUCCUCCCUCGAAAUCAUGGAGCUGGGCCGCCCUGGAGGGCCCACUUCCCACCAGGCAGCCCGAGGGGGUCUCUAGCAGGAAAGGCUCCGUGAAGAGAAGCCAGCACCUGGGGCCCAGUGACAUCUAUCUGGACGACUUGCCCUCUCUGGAUUCUGAGAAUGCAGCCCUUUACUUCCCCCAGAGUGACUGUGGACUGGGGCCCAGAAGGUGGAGUGAACCCAACAGCCAGAAGCCUCUGGGGGACCCCAACCCUGAACAGGAGCCAGAACCCACUUUGGACAUGAUAGUGCUUUCCCUCUGUGGUGGACUAGCUGACAGCCGGGACAUCUCCCGGGAGAAAUUCAACCAGCACAUAGUCUCCUACGAGGACCUCGUCCAAAACCCUGGCCUCCUUGAGCACCCGAACCUGGUGGUGAAAAUCAAUGAGAAACAUUAUAACUGGGCUGUUGCUGCCCCCAUGAUCCUCUCCCUGCAAGCCUUCCAGAAGAACUUGCCCAAGAGCACUGUGGACAAACUGGAGAAGGAGAAGAUGCCCCGGAAAGGUGGACGGUGGUGGUUUUCCUGGCGACGCAGGGACUUCCCGGCCGAGGAGCGCAGUGCCCAGUCAGAGAAAAGCACAGCCCGGGAGCAGCAGGGGGCGAAGACUGAUGUGCCAAGUAGUGAGGAUGACGCCCCAGAGAGCCCUGUGAUCCUCGAGGUCCCCUCCCUGCCACCCUCGCCUCCAGCCUACCCUCCUACCUACAGGAAGUCCCUCCGCCUCUCCUCCAGCCAGAUCCGGCGCCUGAACCUGCAAGAAGGUGCCAAUGAUGUGGUCUUCAGUGUGACCACCCAGUACCAGGGCACCUGCCGCUGCAGGGCCACCAUCUACCUGUGGAAAUGGGACGACAAGGUGGUCAUCUCGGACAUCGACGGGACCAUUACCAAGUCGGACGCUCUGGGUCACAUUCUGCCCCAGCUAGGGAAAGACUGGACACACCAGGGCAUCACCAGUCUCUACCACAAAAUCCACCUAAAUGGGUACAAGUUCCUGUACUGCUCGGCACGGGCUAUCGGCAUGGCGGGCCUCACCAAGGGCUACCUGCAGUGGGUGAGCGAGCGGGGCUGCGGCCUCCCUGAGGGCCCCCUCCUGCUGUCUCCCAGCAGCCUCUUCUCCGCCCUCCACAGGGAGGUGAUUGAGAAGAAACCAGAGGUGUUCAAAAUCGCCUGCCUGAGUGAUAUCCAGCAGCUGUUCCUGCCCCACGGACAGCCCUUCUAUGCUGCCUUUGGGAACAGGCCCAACGCCCCUCCUUUGUCCCCCACAGGAUGUCAUCGCCUACCGGCAGGUGGGCCUACCUACGUCUCGAAUCUUCACAGUCAACCCCCGGGGAGAGCUCAUCCAGGAGCUCAUGAAGAACCACAAAUCCACGUACGAACGGCUCGGUGAGGUGGUCGAGCUCCUCUUCCCGCCCGUGGCCCGUGGCCCCAGCACAGACCUGGCCCACCCUGAAUACAGCAACUUCUGCUACUGGCGGGAGCCCCUGGUUGCUGUGGACUUUGAUGCCCUGGCCUGACCCUGCCCCGGCUGCCCCCUCCUCCCUGGCCAGGUGUUCCAGGGAGUGGGUGUCCCAGGGAUCAGGACACUGGAAGCUGGGUACCACAGGGCCAGUCCACUGAACGGGAGGAGGGGGCUGAAGGCUGGUUAGUAGCCACAGAGACCCCCCCUCCUCCCUGUCCUGUCUCCUGCCUUUGCCAGCUGAGCUGCAGGAGGUGGGGGCAGCUGCUCCAGGCCUUAGCACAGCCCUGGCCUGUAGUAAUUAAAUGUCACCCGGGCCCUCACAGGAUUCUCCAUGCCCUUGACAUCUCUGUCUCUGUCACCCUGGUAUGUUGUCCCAACUCCUGAUAGGACAGGGAGAAGAGGGAGGUCCCGGGAGGCUUGAGACCUGUAGGCACGGAAAUGGCUGGCGGCAGCAGUGGGGAGGGGUUGAGUACCCUCUGCACAGCAUGGAUCAUAGCCUCUGAAGCCCGAUUCCUCCAUAACCCCGGCCCCUUCCCACAGCUCUUGAGCCAGACCUCACCACUCUCCCUGGCACGCCGGUAUCUCAGCACACCCCAAGCCAGGAUGCUCAGACAUCAAGGAACGAGGAUUCCCAGGCAGUGCGAGGGCUGAGGGAGUGUGACUCCCACUUGGCCUGGCCCGUACCCAGCUGCUGCCCUUGUUCCCCUGAGUACCUCCCCUAAGGACACAGCCCCCAAACCUGCCAGGGCCAAUGGCAGUGACCUGCCAACCCUCCCUAGACUUUUCUGGUCAACUCAGUGCCCACAGAGCUGCCGAGCAAGCUCAUACGAGGAUGAGGAACUUUAGGAAGUGGGGCUGGCUCCCCAGCAGUGCAGCCUUCCAGCCUGCUGUCCUUGGGGAAGAAAAUACCUUUAGAUGGGUUAAAAGCUUUAAU